UUUUGYUGUCAGUGGUGGAGGACAGAGCUACAAAAACACACCUUCUGCUCGUGAAACUGGAGGAAAAUAUAUUCCUAACCGACGAUUUGAACACACCCAAAGUAUCAGCGAGUGAAAUAAAGCACACGCAAACGUGAGCAGCUGAUUUUAUUUGCGUUUUAACGGGUGAAAAACAUGGAGAACAGCAGCUUCCAGAGCCAGCUGCUGUCCGUCAUGGAGGUCCUGGCCCAGGCCGCCGUGGCGGAGAUAAACCGGCGCGUGGACGACAGCUGCGCGGUGCUCCGGGUGGAGCUGAGCCAGAGCCGGAGGGACAUCGAGCUGCUGAAGAGCAAGUACGAGGAGAUGGAGGCCGAGCUGAGGAGGAGCAGGAGGCGAGGCAGGAGGACAGGAGCUGGUGACGUCCCUGCGGAUGAGAACUGUUCAUCUAAAGCUGGUCAAAGUCAGAGCUCAGACUGGGACACAGAGAUGGGAGCUGAUUCUCCAAAUCAACCCAAACAGUGUGCAGACACGGGACCUGCUGAUGAACCUGAAAACAUACAGAUCAAAGAGGAGUGUGCGGAGGACAUGUGGAGGAAUGACCCUGAGGACGAGCAGAUGUUUGCAGGUCAGGAGCAGSCAUGUUUCAGUAACACACAACUCGCUCAGACUGAAGGAUUUCUGGAAAGCUACCGUUCAGCUGAAAUCCCCGACUCUCUGGUUCCUCCAGCUGAUGACUUCAACACGUUCCCAGAGCAGCAGCUUCGUGAGGCGGAGCUCGUUGUGAAAGAUGAAAAGGCGGAGGAGUCUGCUGAGAGCUCUGCGCGGCUCCCUUCAGGACACACGUUUGUGACGGAGGAAGCCGAAGCUCCGCUGUGGUCCACCAGUCUGUACCGAGACGACCCGAGGGUCUGCUACCCUGGGCAGCAAACUGAGCGGAUUCCUUCUGUGUUUGCGUCUCAAACCAGCCUGCGUUUGGACCACAUCGUGACUAAGAUCCACCCUGUGGUGAAACCUCACGCCGUGCUUUUGAGCGCAGCGAGGGCGAAGAGACGGGCGAAAACGUUUGCGUGUAAGAAACAAACGGACGAAGGACACGGCCUUUUGUCUCGGCUCCACGCCAUGAACUCCAGCCUGGUGGCUCAGCAGUCCCAGCGUCAGGACGGAGACGCGGCUGAGGAGGCGGCGUCCUCCGCCGCCCCCCUCUGCUGGCAGAGCCGCGGCGGCUUCGGCCCGGCCAGGAGGACGAGGACGUCCUGGAGGUCCGGCCUGGGCGAGAAGCGGUUCGGCUGCUCGUACUGCGACAAAACCUUCCUGCGGUUCAGCCAGCUGAAGGAGCACCUGCGGAGCCACACGGGCGAGAAGCCGUACAGCUGCGUGCAGUGCGGCCGCAGCUUCACCAAGCAGUGCAACCUGAUCCGCCACGCCGUGGUCCACAGCGGGGAGAAACCCUUCGAGUGCUCGCUGUGCGGGAAGUGCUUCACGCAGCGCUCCAGCCUCAAGUCGCACCAGAAAACGGCGCACUGAGCACUCCGUCCAUCGUCCUUCCCAMCUGUCACCGACUUUAAAUGUUUCAGUAAAACUAGUUUAUUCGUCACGUCUGUUGGUUUUAUCGUGAUAAAGUGUGGUUUAGUUUCAGAUGAGCCAAUUUGAAAAUGUAAAAYCACAAUAAAGACCCUCAAAAGGUCGUGAUCAUGUUAGUUUCAACUGUUUCAAUGAAAAGUAGUGCAAAUAAAACAGUUUGGUCAUUUUAAAAAAUCAUUUCUAGAAUAUUUUGAGACAUUGUUUUCUGGAGCUGGUUAUAAAAAAACAGAAACAACUCGGAAAACUCAGGUAAUCAGUUUGUAUUCAACAGGCAAGGUGGCACAAACCUUUUACACAAAACGUACAAAAGGUAAGACAUCAAAUCAUUUUUAUAAAUAUCAAAUUAGAUACUUUAUCCUGUAAAACCUGGAGCUAAAAGUUGCUUAGAAAAGUAGUGACAGGAGCUUUUAUUUAUCAUAUAUUAAAGAAAAAUGAGAAAGUUCUGGUUUGUGAGGAAAAAGUGAAGAGCUGCAGGCAAACAGGAAACAAUAUAAAACGUGUUUUUAUGAGUUAGUUUGUACACAGAUCUGUUCUGUCAAACAUUUCAAACCUUUUAAUACUUAACAUGAAACGGAUAUUAAAUAUGAGGAAACCUUUCAGUGGAGUGUAGAGCUAAAUGUUUCCACAUAUAAAAGAAAGAAAAUCUGUUUUUUAUUCUUUAAAUGUUCUCCAUAGAACUGGAUUAAUUAAAUACUGAUCAUUUCAGACCAUUUUUAUUCUCCUUACAGAGCAGAAAACCCAUCAGUCGGUCCUCUGAGAGGAAAAAAAUAAACAUUAGUUUGAGAUAUUUUUAAGAUUUUCUAAGAUUUUGAACCUGCUGCAUUCAAUAAAAAAUAAAUUCAUUUAGAACA